UGAAGUAGCAUUUGUUCAGGGAAAAAUCUCGUAAGGGUUUAAGGCCUGGAUUCAUAGACCCUCGGUCAUUUCACAAGCAAAAAAAUGGUCUGUGCUCCUCUCGCUGCCAAAAAGUUGCACUCUCUCUUUCAGAAACCUAAAGCAAUUUCAUGUGGACUCGUAACACCUACAUUUCAAGCUUUCUUCCAUUCGUACAUUGUUGGCGAUAAGCCCAUUCUUGUUCGAGAUUUCAUUCAUUCUGCCUUAUAUGACCCAAAGCAUGGAUAUUUCUCGCAAAGAUCGCGUUCAGUUGGUGUGCUCGAAAGAAGCAUCAAAUUUGACCAGCUUGAAGGCAGACAAGCUUAUAUGAAAUACUUGGACAAAAUCUACAAGCAAAGUGAUAUGGCAUGGUUUACUCCAGUGGAGCUUUACAAGCCUUGGUAUGCCCAUGGUAUUGCUGAAGCCAUACUGCGUACGGCUGACCUUUCAGUUCCAUUAAAAAUAUAUGAAAUUGGUGGUGGAUCAGGAACUUGUGCGAAGGGCAUCAUGGACUACAUGAUGUUAAAUGCACCUUCAAGAGUUUACAAUAAUAUGACAUACACCUCAGUGGAAAUCAGCCCUUCACUGGCAGAGACACAAAGGGAAACUGUUGGAGACAUUCAUAGUCGUUUAUCAAAAUUUAAAGUAGAAUGUCGUGAUGCUGCUGACCGGAGUGGAUGGGGUGAUGCUGAGGAACAGCCCUCUUGGGUCAUAAUGCUCGAGGUUCUUGACAAUCUUCCACACGAUCUUGUAUAUUCAGAAAAUCAAGUUUCACCUUGGAUGGAAGUAUGGGUUGAGAAGCAAAAUGAUAGGGAAAGUCUUUCUGAGCUCUACCGGCCACUGCAAGAUCCACUUAUUAAGCGUUGCAUUGAGAUCAUGGAACUGAAUGAUAAUCUUACAGCCCCAAGCAGUUCUUCCUCCAAGGCGAAGGGCAUUUGGUCUAAAGUCUUCCCUAAGCCACGAAGAAGCUGGUUACCAACUGGCUGUUUGAAACUACUGGAGGCAUUACAUGGGGCUUUACCAAAGAUGUCUUUAAUUGCUUCAGACUUUAGUUACCUACCUGAUGUGAAAAUACCUGGUGAACGGGCACCAUUGGUUUCAACAAAGAAAGAUGGCCACAGCUCAGAUUAUGAUAGUUACUUGGAUGCGAAGGGUGAUGCCGAUAUUUUUUUCCCCACCGACUUUUUGCUUUUGGAGCGUAUGGAUCAUUACUGUUCUGGGUGGCUGAAGCUGCAUGGUGAUUCAUCCAAGCAGGGAAAGAAGAGGCGGACAAUUACUCUCGACUCAUCAUUGUUCAUGGAAGAGUUCGGGUUACCCACGAAGACAAGAACGAAGGAUGGAUACAACCCACUUCUGGACGACUUUAAGAACACUAAAUUCUAUCUUAGUGUUCCCACACACAACAUCAAAUAGUUUCCUGCACUUGAAGAAAGCAGCAUCAAGGAGGAUAUCAGAUCAUCGUGCUCGAUUGGUACAUGUCUCAUCUUCUAACUAAAAAUGCGAUCUGUGAUGCUGUCCCUCUUCGUCGUGCACUCCUACACAUAUUUUAAGUCAAUUUUGACGGUGCAAUUGUUAUGUGGGGUAGGUGUAUGUCCUGCAUGUCUCCGACAUCGCCCACUACUAGAGUCUUAGUAGUUGAAUUAAUUAUAUAUUUAGAAUAAUGAAUCUCACUAUUGAUAUCCUUCGAAACGGGAAAAUUCUCACGAUUGCGUGGUGAAAGCCAAGCUAUGUGGUUUAUAAGCCUGACUCAAUAUCAUAACACAUCAAGCACUAUUUAAAGGACAAAGUCAUACGGGUCUUGAGUCUAGAGCGGACAAUAUAUCAGAUUGGGUUAAACCUUCCAUUCAUCUUCUUUCUUCAUUUUGUAUAGUUGAUCAAAAGCAUAGGGAAAUUUUACAUUAUUAUUAUUGCAUAUCAUAGAUAUACAGUACCCAAUAUAUAUAUCAUCCCAUUACACAUUAAUCA